AUGCCCAUAAUAUUACCGAGAGAUCACAGGCUGACAGAGCUGGUUAUACUAGACUGCCAUAGUAAGUUACACCACAGUGGUGUUAGCGGUACCUUAGCGCAGUUGCGGACAAGGUUCUGGGUUCCGAAAGGUAGACAAGUUGUGAAGAAGAUAGUGCAUAGGUGUGUCACGUGUAAGAAGCUAGAAGGCAGGGCAUACGCAACGCCUCCCGUGGCGGAUUUACCAGGCUUUAGAGUCACACAGGCAGAGCCAUUCUCCAAAGUAGGAGUAGACUUUGCAGGUCGUCUCUAUUACAAGAGUAGUAAAGGCAUGAUGCAGAAUGCGUAUGUGACACUUUUCUCGUGUUGCGUGACACGAGCAUUGCAUCUCGAUUUAGUGGUAGAUUUAGAGGCUUCUACUUUCAGGAGAUGCCUUAGAAGGUUUGCAGCCAGGAGGGGAGCUCCAACGCUGAUAGUGUCAGGCAAUGCGAAAACGUUCAAAGCCGCAGCAAAGGCCCUGAGGGAGCUAUAUGACCACCCGGAGGUACAAGCAUAUUUAGAGGUCAACAGAGUAUCUUGGCAAUUCAACCUAGAGAAGGCUCCAUGGUGGGCUGGGUUUUACGAGAGAAUGGUAGGAAGCGUCAAGCGGUGUUUGAGGAAGGCCUUGGGCGAGGCACGAUUGACCUAUGAUGAGUUUUGA